AUAUUCUUGUGUUUAGAUGUCGGUGAUUUCACACUGGAUCCAAACACCGCAAACAUUCGUCUCCUCCUGUCUGAGGACAACAGGAAGCUGACGUAUGAAGAAGACAUACAGCCAUAUCCUGAUCAUCCAGAGAGAUUUAAACACUAUGAGCAGGUUCUGUCUAAAGAAAGUUUCUCUGGACGCUGUUACUGGGAGGCUGAAUGGACUGGCUGGAGUUAUAUAGGAAUGACAUAUAAAGGAAUCAGCCGGGAAGGAGGAACUCAGAGUAGAUUUGGGUAUAAUGAAAUGUCCUGGUGUGUUUUCUGUAUUGCUGAUAGAUACAGUGCUUGGCACAAUAACAAAAACAGAGACAUACCUCUCCCUUCAUGCAACUCUAAGAGAGUAGGUAUCUAUCUGGACUGGCCGGCCGGCACUCUGUCCUUCUACAGUGUCUCUGACACACACACACUAACACAUUUACACACAUUCAACACCACAUUCACUGAACCCCUCUAUGCUGGAUUCAGAGUUUAUGACGCCUCAGUGUCUUUGUGUCAGAUUCAGAAAUGUACUGUGAGAGACAACUAA